GGAAUGUUAUUGUAUACUCGCACGGUCUAGUAUAGGGAUUCAGGCGGCAGGGACAGCCUUACAUGUGCUGCCGGCUCAGUAGUGGGUAUUGCGUGAGAUCCUGGUGCGGGCCGGUGUAGUGAAUCGAGAACCAUGCCGACUGUCAGCGUAAAGAGGGAUCUGCUGUAUCAUUCCUUGGGUCGCACUUACACUGAUGAAGAAUUUGAUGAACUCUGCUUUCAAUUUGGCCUUGAGUUGGAUGAAAUUACCUCAGAACGUGAGAUUAUCAGCAAGGAAAAGGGCGAUGUAAAGGCAGAAGGGGCCUCAGAUGUUGUUCUCUUUAAGAUUGAUGUACCUGCCAACCGCUAUGACCUUCUGUGCAUAGAGGGGCUGGUGCGGGGGCUACAAGUCUUCAAAGAAAGAUUAGAGGCACCAAGGUAUAAGAGGGUCACCCCACCAGAUCAAGGGCUGCAGAGACUCUUCAUCACAGAGGAGACUGCUGUAGUUCGUCCUCAUGCAGUGGCUGCAGUACUCCGGAACAUUACAUUUACUCAGGAACGAUAUGAGAGCUUCAUUGAUCUGCAGGAGAAGCUUCACCAGAACAUCUGCAGACGAAGAACGUUGGUGGCAAUUGGCACACAUGAUCUGGACACCAUCUCUGGCCCAUUUGUGUACACAGCUAAGCCACCUGCAAGUAUCAAGUUUAAGGCCCUGAACCAAAACAAGGAAUUGACAGCCCCUGAGCUGAUGGAUCUGUACAGAACUGACAGCCAUAUGAAGCACUACCUGCACAUCAUUGAGGAUAAGCCUGUAUACCCAGCAAUCUAUGACCGUAACGGAGUGUUGUUGUCCAUGCCACCGAUCAUCAACGGGGAUCAUUCAAGAAUCACCUUAAACACUCGCAAUGUUUUCAUUGAAUGCACUGCAACUGAUUUGACAAAGGCCAAAAUAGUCCUGGAUAUGAUGGUCACCAUGUUCAGUGAAUACUGUGCUGAACCCUUCACUGUAGAGGCAGCAGAGGUUAUUCGGCCAGAUGGAUCGAGUUGUAUUUACCCAGAACUGGCGUACAGGAAGGAAACCGUUCCUGCUGAGAAAAUGAACUCUAAAAUUGGAAUCAGCGAAACACCAGCCAACCUGGCAAAGCUGCUCACACGGAUGUGCUUAAAGUCUCACGUGUUGGAAGAUGGGGAGCAAAUCGAAAUAGAGGUCCCUCCAACAAGAGCAGACAUUAUCCAUGCCUGUGACAUUGUGGAGGAUGCGGCUGUUGCUUACGGGUUCAAUAACAUCAAGAUGGUCAUUCCCAAAACGUACACAAUAGCCAACCAGCUUCCACUUAAUAAACUCACUGAAUUACUGCGCCAGGACUUGGCUGCUGCUGGAUUCACAGAAGCCCUGACAUUUGCUCUGUGCUCUGUAGAUGAUAUCUCUGAUAAGCUUGGCAUACCAGUCUCUGCCACUAAAGCUGCACAUAUCUCCAACCCCAAAACAACUGAAUUUCAGGUGGCUCGCACAACUCUUCUCCCGGGCCUGCUGAAAACCAUUGCAGCCAACCGAAAAAUGCCCUUGCCCCUGAAGCUGUUUGAGAUCUCUGAUGUGGUUGUGAAGGAUCCCUCUAAAGAUGUGGGCGCCAGAAAUUAUCGACAUCUGUGCGCUGUUUACUACAACAAGAACCCUGGAUUUGAGGUGAUACAUGGCCUCCUGGACCGAACCAUGCAACUGCUGGCAGUGUGUCCUGGGGAGAAUGGGUACACCAUCAAAGCAGCACAAGAUCCAGCUUUCUUUCCUGGUCGCUGUGCAGAGAUCUUAGUUAAUGGACAGAGUAUCGGCAAACUGGGUGUCCUCCAUCCCGACAUCAUCACUAAAUUUGACCUGAACUUACCCUGCUCUGCGCUUGAGAUCAAUUUGGAGCCAUUCGUGUGAUGGGUCCCUUUUGUUGUGUCCUGCCUUAUCUGCACAACUACUCUUCUGGAAAAUACUUUUUAAACAGAGCAGCCUCGUGUAACUUAUAGGAGCAACAUACUUCCAGCCACCAUUGAAAACACUGUUGACAUGAUGUGAGCUUAAUGAGUUCUGGACAAUAUCCCGUUUGGUUAAAUAACGCCACUUUGGCCCUUGAUAGACUAGAGUUUGAGAGCCGGUACCAACUGUCCAUGUUUAAUUAAAAGUUACUUACUUAACACCCA